UGCCACUCCAGAAAUCCGAGCAGUCUGUUUGAUACUUCGGGCAGGGAAGAGAAAUUGGCCCAAAGGAGUAAAUCUAACACGGAAUCGGGGUUUGUCGUUCUCAGGUUGUAACCACACAACCAAAUUACGGGAGGCGAAAUUGUUGGAAAGAUGAAGAGCCAAGGCAGUUAUGCACCGCCGACUUACAUUCCCUUAGGCCAAUCAGAUUCCGGAUCAGCUCUUGUUCCACGCAGUGAAGACCCUCCUGAGCAGCAAAAUAGUGCCGAUGGGCCGAUACAAUGGUCUUCUGGAAUUUGUGCAUGUUGCGAUGACACGCAGAGCUGUACGCUACUUUCUGCCUUCUAAACUUGCUUUUUCACAAGGUUGUAUAGGUUUAUUUUUCCCUUGCUAUCUGUUUGGAAAGAAUGCAGAGUUUCUGGGCUCUGGGACAUUAAUGGGCUCCUGCACUACUCAUUUUAUUCUGUGGGUACUCGUAAAUACAGUCUGCUGCUUAUUAACUGAUGGUGUUAUUUUGGGUAUACCGGGAUGUUUUGUUGCAUGCUAUGCUUGUGGCUACCGCAGGACACUAAGAUCAAAAUAUAAUCUCCAGGAAGCACCAUGUGGAGACUUUGUAACUCAUUUUUUCUGCCAUUUGUGUGCUGUUUGUCAAGAGUACAGGGAGAUCCGUGAAAGGUCAGCUGAAUUUGGUCCAGGUAAUUUAAAUCUAGCCAUAGUUACUGCCCCAAUAGUCCAGACAAUGGAACCAGCACUUGACAAGUAAAGUCACAGUUCUCUGCAGGAAUAUUGGCAUCAGUUUUCAGUUUUACAAAGUUCUUUACGCCACUUAAUGUAUAUAUUGUUACUGAAUCCCCAAAAUCUCUUAUAGUACUAUUUAUGUAUUAAGCUUCGGUG